UUAGUAUUGCAAGCGCCUCAUAGCGGAUAAUUUGAGAAAGAUAUAAAAGAUUGGAAAAAUUGGUGCGGUCCGCGUUUUUCUGUGUUUUUUGCGCAAUAAACAGUGAAUUUUCGUGGAAAAGAUUACGUGAGUGCGUACAAAGUGCAUUAAUAGUGCUGUGGAGGGUGGAAAAAGGCGUGAAAAGCUGCACAUUCGGCCUCAAUUUGGCGAGAUGCAUCAAACAUGAAUGAAGCUGAUUCAGCAGGGGGGCCCCGAGGGCGAAGCUCAGCCCCUCCUGCUGCAGCUGACCGCAGAUCGUUGAAUUUGACAGCGGGCCCAGCAGUGCGUGUGAGUGGGGGAUCAGCAUUGAUAAAUCCACAGCAAAUGUCCCGCCUGGCCACGGAUAAUCGUGUCCUGUUGAUGAGCAGCAGUAGCAGCCCCACAGGGCGUAAUCAGCAGCAGCAGCAGGCAGUUGUGCAACAAACAAGUAAUCAGCCACCAUCUGGGGGGAAUUUGAUCUUCAUAUCGACAGCAUCCGGUGACUUGAGCACAGGCAAUCUCAUCAAUAGUAUUAGCAGCAGCAGCAGUAGUGGAGGGGUUGUCAUACAAAGGGCCCCCGAAGUCACUGCGGGCGUCGUUAGUUUAGGCAAUGUGACUCUGGCUGCAGCGUCCACGUGCAUUGUCUCAUCGACGGCAUUGGCGUCCGUGCAGGAGGGUACGAUUGUUACAUCGUCAUCCGGUGACUUGCACAAUUUGCUGCGGAAGCGCCCCAAACUGGAGGAUCGUGAUAAUAGUAUUGCUGCCAUAAAGAAGAGAAUUUUGGAGCAUAAAUACUCACGAUUGAGGAGUCUUAAGGACAAGCAUACAGAGCAUGUGGCUGAACUCUUUUUCCUGCAAGCUUCUGGAAAUAUGAUGGAUUACCCAACGUGGCGGAAGAAGCCACAAACACCAGAAUUGAUUAAUUUUGCAAAGACAUGGAGAUUAGAUCAGGCAUCCAGUGCAUCCGAUGAUACAGCAGCAAAGUUGCUUCAAAAUUGUGGACAAUCUUAUGGGACGGAAAUUAAAAUUCCAGGAGUCGGAGCAACGCCUGUGGCUGUUUCGACAACCCUCCCAUCAGCUGUUGUGCAACUAACGCAACAAGGUGGGACACCUUUGGUACCUGAUACCGUGGAGACACCGGACAAGAAGCCACCACUACUGUCAACAUCAUCAUCAUCACUUACCACUCCGGCCACCCCGUUGACACCUACCCCUUCCACGCCGGCGAGUUCAAGCGGCGGAGGGACGCAGGAGCAAUUUUCAGUGAAGGCAAAGCAGGAGGUUUAUGUGAUGCAGCGUAUUUCGGAAUUGCAACGUGAGGGCUUGUGGACAGAGAAGCGUCUACCGAAGCUGCAGGAACCAUCACGUCCGAAAGCGCAUUGGGACUACUUGCUGGAGGAGAUGGUGUGGCUAUCGGCGGAUUUUGCCCAGGAGCGCAAAUGGAAGAAGGCAGCGGCGAAGAAAUGCGCGCGAAUGGUGCAAAAGUACUUCCAGGACAAAGCAAUGGCAGCCCAGAGGGCGGAACGUGCUCAGGAGGCGCAACUAAAGCGAAUAGCUGCCUUUGUGGCGAAGGAGAUAAAGGUUUUCUGGUCGAAUGUUGAGAAACUCGUGGAGUACAAGCAACAGACGAAGCUCGAAGAGAAACGGAAGAAGGCACUCGAUCAGCAUUUGAGCUUCAUUGUGGAUCAGACGGAGAAGUUUUCGCAGCAACUUGCCGAGGGGAUGAAUAAGAGUGUUGUGGACGGGAGUGCAGCACCGAGUCUCAAUAGUAGUCGUAUUUCAUCACCUAAACGCACCGCGCAGUCAGAUGAUGAAUUUUCCCCGGGGAAUGAGUCAUCGGAUGACGAUGAGGAGACAAUAGCAAAAGCCGAAGCGGAGGCAACGUGUGUCAAUGAGGAAAUUCUUGCGCUUCAGCGUGAAUCUGAGAUGGAUUUUGAUGAUUUCCUCAAGGAACUGCCGAAGGAUUAUCUCAAGAAUCGUGACAAUAUUGUCCUGCCGGACAUUGAUGAGGAUACAACCGAGAGGGUUGAUGAUUCAGCUGAUGAGGAAUUCAAGGCAACGGCUUCCAGUACGGAUGAUGAGGAAUCAAUAAUGGAGCAGGAGAGUAAGGAGAAGAAUAAGGAUCACAAGAAGGAAAUUGCUGAACUUGAGGCUGACAAUGAGAUGAGCAUUGAGGACCUAAUGGCAAAAUACAAAAACCUACCGAAAGUGGAAAAGAUGGAAAUUGAUUCUGAGGCAUCGGACGACUCAUCAAACGGAGGAAUGGAUGAGGAUGAUGAGGAAUCGGAGGAGGAGCAAGAGAGUGACGAAGAGGAGGAUGAGACAGAUGAUGGGCAAAAGGAUGAUGGGCCGAGUUUACAGAAUUUAUUCAAUGAAGAAAGUGGUGGGAAUAAGGAUCAACUGAUUGACGAUGCUGCUGCAAUUGCGGAGAGUCUUCAGCCAAAAGGGAAUACGCUGUCGUCGACGAAUGUUGUCACUGAAGUGCCAUUUCUUCUUAAGCACACCCUCAGAGAGUACCAGCACAUUGGCUUGGAUUGGCUCGUGACGAUGCAUGAUCGGAAAUUGAAUGGAAUUCUUGCGGAUGAAAUGGGUUUGGGUAAAACAAUUCAAACAAUCUCACUUCUUGCCCAUUUGGCGUGUUGCAAAGGCAACUGGGGCCCCCACCUGAUAAUUGUCCCAUCGUCAGUGAUGCUAAAUUGGGAGAUGGAAUUCAAAAAAUGGUGUCCAGGCUUCAAAAUUCUCACAUACUAUGGGAAUCAGAAGGAACGCAAAGCAAAACGAAUUGGAUGGACAAAGGCAAAUGCCUUUCAUAUUUGCAUAACAUCCUAUAAGCUUGUCAUACAGGAUCAUCAGAGUUUCCGGCGGAAGAAGUGGAAGUACCUCAUACUCGAUGAAGCACAAAAUAUUAAGAAUUUCAAGUCACAACGUUGGCAAUUGUUGCUUAAUUUUCAAACUGAACAACGACUUUUACUCACGGGAACUCCACUACAGAACAAUUUGAUGGAAUUGUGGUCCCUCAUGCACUUCCUCAUGCCACAUGUAUUUCAGUCGCACAAGGAAUUCAAGGAGUGGUUCUCAAAUCCAAUGACGGGGAUGAUUGAAGGGAAUUCCGAGUAUAAUGAUUCCAUUAUAAAGCGAUUGCACAAGGUUCUACGACCAUUCCUAUUGCGACGACUAAAGUGCGAAGUGGAGAAGCAAAUGCCGAAAAAGUAUGAGCACGUUGUUAUGUGUCGACUAUCGAAGCGUCAGCGGUACCUCUAUGAUGACUUUAUGAGUCGUGCAAAAACGCGAGAAACUCUUGCAUCGGGAAACCUCUUGAGUGUCAUCAAUGUACUGAUGCAAUUGCGCAAGGUGUGCAAUCAUCCGAAUUUGUUUGAGGUACGACCGACCAUAUCCCCCUUCCGUAUGGACGGCAUUAAGUAUUGGACGGCUUCAUUGGCGUGUAACCUCUUUGAUUACAAUCCACUGGAGCAAAUUGAUCUCCAUUCACUGAAUUUAGUGCUAAUUAAUCUAGAACUAAGUCUCACGGCGUAUGUGGCACAUAGAUCUAAGCAAUUGUCAACCCCACGCAAGUUGAUUGAGGAGAUUGACACGGCUCCGGAGUUACCGCCACGAUGCCCAACGGGGCGCUUCCGUUUGCACGUAAAAGUGCGCGAUGAGCGUGUCCAGGAGGCCCUUUGUGAGAAUUUAGUGAAGGUUGGCACGAGUCCGGCAAUGCGGGCGGAGGGUAGUAAAUUCGUGCCGAUUCCAAAGUUCCUAGCAAUUGCGAAGAAUAGUAGUAGUAGUGCGAAAAUGGAUACGAGUGAGGCCAUUGCUCAAAUUGUCCAUACAGCUGCCUCGGGUGGUGAGGGGGUGGCAAUGACACAAAUUGGGGGUGUUCAGACGUCAACGGUGGUGGUGAAUAGUGGGGCGAUUAAUGUGCGCCGAAAGCAGGAGCUGUCGAAGGUAAUUGGGGAGAAUACGGGGAUGAUUGUGCAAACAUCCAAUGGGCGCCACAUUCUCAUCCCGACGUCCUCGACGGCGGGUACAGCAACGACGGUUUUAACGCAAAAUGGGCAACGUUUGACGGUGGUGAGUAAGAAUGUGGGGCAAAUGAAUAAAAUAGCGCAACAUGUGAUUGCAAAGCCACUCAUGAUGAAGCCCCAGAGUGGGCAUACGCAACCACUUGCGGCUGCUGUGGCGCAUCAUCUCAAGUAUCGCACCACGUCGCAGUAUAGUGGGCGACAGUAUAGUGCCGUUGAGGUGCCCGAAUCGGAAUUUCUCGUUGCGGAAACGGAAGAAUCUCGCCGAGAACGAAGGCUGAAUCAAUUGCGAUUGCUUGGGCGGACAAAUAGGCGGCGUGUUGAUGCAACACCCGUCUAUGGGGAAGAUCUUCGGCAAUCAAUUGUUGAUUUGAAUGCGGCCCCAGUGAAGAAUGUUUUCCCAUGGACGUGUCGUGGCUAUGAAACCUGCCGAAAUAUAAUGUUGCACCCAAAGCGUGAGGUUGAGACAUCGCUGGGGGAUGCAAUAAAGACAUAUGAAGAGCGGACGCGUGCAUUGUCGUCCAUCUUUAGUAAUUUUGUCACAUUUGUACCAAAUGUCUCAGCACCAAUGCCAACAUUACACGUCUCCCACCCGCCACCGUCCAAGCUGAACGAGGAAAAUGACAGACAAACCACCCUGCGGGAGGAACUCUCGUCAAAGCUUGUCCUUUUGCAUCCCAUCAUUUCAGCCAUGAGCACGCAGUUCCCUGAUCCACGAUUAAUUCAGUACGAUUGUGGGAAAUUGCAAACGCUCAAUGUUUUGUUGCGUAAAUUGAAAACAGACGGACAUCGUGUGUUGAUUUUUACGCAAAUGACACGAAUGCUGGAUGUUUUGGAGGCUUUCUUGAACUAUCAUGGGCACAUCUAUUUGCGCCUCGAUGGUACAACACGUAUUGAGCAGAGACAAAUUCUUAUGGAACGCUUCAAUGGGGACAAGAGGAUAUUUGUAUUUAUUCUUUCAACACGAUCCGGUGGUGUUGGUAUAAAUCUAACUGGUGCUGAUACUGUGAUAUUUUAUGAUUCCGAUUGGAAUCCGACAAUGGAUGCACAAGCACAGGAUCGAUGCCAUCGGAUUGGGCAGACGCGGGAUGUUCAUAUUUAUAGGUUAGUUAGUGAAAAGACAAUUGAGGAGAAUAUCCUGAAGAAGGCAAACCAGAAGCGUCUCCUUGGGGAUUUGGCAAUUGAGGGUGGGAACUUCACGACGGCCUUCUUCAAGACGUCCACCAUACAGGAUUUGUUUAAUGUUGACACCACCACGGGGGAUGCGUCGUCGCGCUUCCAGGAGCUCAUUGAUCGCGACAAGGAGCGCAAACAGCGGCUGUAUGAGAGCAUUGCGGGCCCAUCGGUCGUGCAGGCGGAUGAUAAACAGAGUGUGGGUGCCUUUGAGACGGCUCUUGCGGCCGCAGAGGACGAACAGGAUGUGCAGGCGGCGAAAACGGCAACAGCUGAGGCUGCUGCGGAUUUGGCGGAGUUCGAUGAGAACAUUCCACUUGAGGAUGUGGCCGAAAGGACGCCCGAAAUCAGCAAAGCCGACCAAGAAGUUGAAAAUCUAAUGAAACAGUUGAGUCCAAUUGAACGGUAUGCCAUGCGCUUUGUCGAGGAGACUGGUGGUGCAUGGACGGCGGAACAACUGAAGGCGGCUGAGGCGGAAAUUGAGCAGCAAAAGCGCGAAUGGGAGGCAAAUCGUCAAGCAGCCCUGCUGAAGGAGGAAGAGGAGCUGAAGCAGGCCGAAGAGGAGGAUAUUAUGCUAACAUACUCUAGUGAAGACGCCAAAAAUCAGAUUUGGAUUUCCGAUAAAACGGGUGAUGCGAUGCCGAUGUGGUGCCCUCCGACUCCGCCGCAGGAUGAAAAUGAUCUCUACAUGGAUUUUUCUUUGGGCUAUUUGUAUGAGAUUGAGACAAUGGCGGAGUCCCAAUUGCCGCCGGUUUAUGUGAAGAAGGAAUUCAAGAGGAAUCGCACCGAAGCUGGACUCUACGGGGACAACCGACGACCCGUGAAGGUGCGCAAGGAGGACACGUACUACCCGCCACGAUCGCUCUUUGAUCGUCCCUCGCCGGCAUUGGCGAAGAUGCGGCGAGAUUUGAAGCUGCAGAAGUAUCGGGGGAUAUUCAAGCCAACAUUGCACAUGGCAGCGGUGAAGCAUCAAAUGGCCCCAGUUAAGCCCCUCGUGGAGCCCGAGGGGAUGAUUGAGUGGUUCAUCUACGAGGAUAUGGCAAUGUUGAAUGUCAUUCAGAAUUUGCAGGGCUUCAAUCUCAGCCUCGUACUCGUCUCGCCCGGGCAUACGCCCAAUUGGGACCUUGUGGCGGAUAUUGUCAAUCAAACGAGCAGGACGUACCGUUCGCCGAAGCAGUGUCGGUAUCGCUAUGAGGCGGUCAUUGUGCCGCGUGAGGAGGGAAAAUUGCAGGAGAGCCCGAAGAAGCAGAAGAAGAAUAAGCACCCACCGAAGGGAAGCUUAAAGAAUAGCCGUUCAAUGCGUACGAGUCAGCUGUAUGCGAGUGACAAUAAUAGCACAUUCACGAAGCUAAUGCGACAGAAGUUUGACAACAUAAAGCAGGUGAUGGUGAAGAAGACGCCACAGCUGAAGCAAGUGCUCGUGAAUCCAACAAUGAAGAAUCCCAAACAUGCGGCACUCCUGGCAGAGUAUGGGAUUACGAAUUACGACAAUCCACCCACACCGAUGGAAAUUGCCCAAAGGCGGGUGGAUAGGAUUGCCAAGGAGAAGCAAAAGAAUAUGCCCGUGAGUCAGGCGGCACAAAUCCCGGAACUUGCUGCAACGACAGCUCAACAGAUGGCGGCGCAGAGGCAUGAGAUUACGGUUCCGGCUGUGCUGCAGCAACCACAGACAAUUGUGGUGCAGCAACAGAGCCCGACUGUCCUUCAGACAACUGGGGUGACUCCCGUGGCGGCUCUUGUGCAGUCCUCAUCACCCUUGCAGACCAUCCGGGCCGUUCAGUCGGCUGUUGGGAUUUCGCAGCAACAAUCCCCGCAGAUUGUGAAGGCUAUCGUUGCAUCCGGGCAGAAUAUCAUUGCCACACCUGUGCAGCAAAUUGCUGUGGCUCAGGCCCAGUCAACGCAGAGUGGCGUUCAGGGGCAGCCUGGGGUUGUGGGUGCUCAGGGUGCCCAACAGACGACACAGCAGACAGUUGUUGUGCCCUCAUCGGUGUCCGUUGUACUCACAACGCCCGUUACAACAAUCUCCAGUGGUCAGACAACACAGCAGAUUGUCUCAAUUCAGCAGGCAUCUGUUGCGUCGUCCGUGUCAACGGGACAAACAGCCUCGGGGGGUACACUCGUGCAGACAAUCUCCACGUCGCCGCAAGUGAUGAGUGUGGGGCAAUUGCCAACUGUGGGGACUGUCAUAGCGACCACAGCUAUCCCGCCGAAUGCCACUGUGGCCACACUCACGACGUCCGCACUGCGAGCGCAACGAAUAGUUCCGGCAAAUCUGCAGGAAGUUGUUCUGCAUCAACGUGGAGGUUCGCAGAGUCCAACGGUGGUGUCGGUGAGUGGCCUCGGGCAGGGAUUGACACCGGCUCAACUGCAGGCAGCCCAAUUUCGUCUCUCAAUGGCCGCAGCAGCAGCAGCGGGAGGGCAGCAUGUUGUGGCAGCAGCCAAGGGGAUUCCCCUGGGCAGCGUGACAACGUCUCCCGUGAGUAAGGCCACAACAUCAUCGCAUCAGAUUCAAUUUUAUCGGCAGCAAUCGAUACGGCAGCAAUUGAAGGUUCUCCACACGGCGCCUGCGAGUGGAACACCUGGCCAGCAGCAAUCAGGCACAGCAGCGGCUGUUGUACAAACAGCUGGUGGUCAGACAACGCUCGUGAGUCCAGCUGGGGCUAUAAUUCAGGGAGGAAUCGUUCAGACCACAGGGAAUAUCGCUCAGGCAGUUCAAGUGCAACAAGGAGCCGGGCAGAAGGUUGCCGUGGCGACGGUUAGUGCAGCAGGAGGAGCAGUAGCAGCUAGUGGGGUUGUAACGAACGUGGCGACAGUUCAAGUGGCACCAGCGCAGCAAACCCGUACGCAGUUUAUAAAGCAAGUGGGUGGGAAGCAGACGACAAUCGCCAGGCAGGUGACGGAUAAUGAGAUGCAGGCAAUUAUGAUGAAGCGACAGAUAAUCAAUCAGCAGCACAAGGGGCUUCCGCAGACGCAGAUUUUUGCUCCGACAAGUGUUCAAAUGCAGCAAGCAACGUCAUCCGCCACUGUUGGCACUGCUGUUGGCACACAACCGGCAACAGUGGCACAACAGACGCAGCAGCAACCGCAGCAAAUUGCAACGCUCGUAAAGACGUCCACGGGAACAGUGGCAGCUGCUGGUACGCCUGGGAUGACCUUUUCGCAAGUUAAACCCAAUCAGUUGAAAGCCACGGCCAUUGCCAGUCCGGGGCAAACGAGACCACUGCAGAUUCAGCAGCAGAUCGCAAUAACGCCCCAGAGGAAGCCAAAGGUGGCACAAAUAACGCAAGUUGCGGGCAAAACGGGUGUACAGACGCAGCUAAUUGUGCAGAAUCCCAAAGGUUUACCCGUGACGAUGCAGCAACUCUUCCGGCAGGGACAGCAGGGGAUUGUGCUCAGCAAGAGUCGCGUUAUUCCAGUCUCAAUGGCGUCACAGCCAAACAACAGACAAACGAUUCAGGUGGUGACCGCUCCUCCGGGUGCUCAGACUCUACGUACCCACGUAACUCCGGGUAAUCUCACGGGUACCCUCCAGGGAGCCAUAAAGGUGGCCGCUGCGGCUGGUGCGACGCAGGCACAGCAGCAGCAGGCUCUCAUUACAGCAUUCCAGAAUCAGCAAAAUCAACGGCAGAAUGUCAGCCCUGUGCGUCUUCAGACGUCCUCAGGGGGCUCCCUCGUGGCUCUAGCAGUGCAGCAGGCGCCACAGAUUGUCACCCAAUCGACAAGUGGAGCCGGAAAUAUUGUCGAAGUGGCCGCAAGUGGAAGCUCAGGCGGUUCGGGGCAGCCUCAGCAGCAGCAGCAGCCACAGCAAACGCAGCAGCAGCAGCAGCAGCAAAAUCCUCAUCAUUCCCAGGUUGGUGGACGCAAACACACAUUUUAGCUCCAUUUUUUUUAAUUUGCGCUUUCCCCAACUUUUGGUUUUGCCAACACGAUUUUUUCUCUUCAUCUUUUUUUUAUUUGAAUAAAAAAAUGUUUUCAUUUUUGAAAAUAAAGAAAAUACCUACAUUUUUGGUUUGCCUCUGCGCAAUCGAAAGAAUCGAAUUUGUCUCUGUGAAUAAAUUAAUUAAAUAACAUAAUGAAUGGAAAUAAAAGAAUAAUAAUAAAUUAUUCGGUAAGAGAGAUGAAAAGAAAUUAAAAUAAAAUGAAGUUGAACUUUUGAGAUAAAAAAAAA